CGUGAUCCUUCGAGGAUGGCGCCGGUCGGGAGGCUGCUGCUUGCGGGGCUCCUGCUGCUGCUGGGCGGGCUUGACCGUCGGAGCUCGGGGACCGCUGCCGGUCCGGUGCCGCUGGUCAUCUGGCACGGCAUGGGAGAUAGCUGUUGCAACCCCAUAAGCAUGGGGUAUAUUAAAAAAAUGGUGGAAGAGAAAAUCCCAGGAAUUUAUGUGCUGUCUCUGAAGAUAGGCAGUACUUUAAUUGACGACAUGGAGAACAGCUUCUUCAUGAAUGUCAACGAUCAAGUCAAGAAAGUGUGUGACCAGCUUUCUAAAGAUCCUAACCUUCAAGGGGGCUACAAUGCCAUGGGCUUUUCGCAGGGAGGGCAGUUCUUGAGAGCCGUGGUGCAAAGAUGUCCAUCUCCACCUAUGUUCAACCUGAUUUCCAUAGGAGGUCAACAACAAGGUGUGUUCGGUUUCCCACAUUGCCCUGGGGAGAGCUCACAUAUCUGUGACUGGUUGAGAAAAGUGCUGGAUAUUGCUUACACAUACCCGAUUCAGCAGCGCCUAGUCCAGGCACAAUACUGGCAUGAUCCAGUGAACGAGAAGCAAUACCGCAGAAGCAGUCUCUUCUUGGCCGACAUCAACCAGGAGCGGAUCAUCAAUGAGACUUACAAGAAAAACCUGAUGACUCUGAAAAAAUUUGUCAUGGUGCGGUUCCUCAAUGACACAAUGGUAGAUCCCCCGGCUUCAGAGUGGUUUGGUUACUACCGGAGCGGCCAGACUAAGGAAACCAUUCCUCUCCAAGAGACUACGCUCUACACGGAGGAUCGUUUGGGCCUGAAGGAAAUGGACCAAGCAAGAAAACUGGUCUUCCUUCAGACAGAAGGAGACCAUCUCCGCUUUACUAAAGAGUGGUUCUUCAAGAACAUAGUGCCGUUUCUAAGCGAUGCUGGUGAUGAGAGUCAACCUGUCGUAGUGUAGGGUUUGGUGGCUGGAGGUGAUUUUUCAUGGCAAGAUGGGAAACGUUCCAUAGAGAGCAUAUCUUGAAAGACCGGCUUUUUCUAACUAAUCUGCUAGGCUAUUGUUCCGUUUCAGGAUUAACAGUUUAGUCACAUCCAACUGCAAGUAUUUAAACUUUUUUUCAAAACCCAACCUGGCCUUGUCUCCAGGACUUGCCUGCUGCAGAUGUUAAUCAGCCGUCACCUGAUAGUAUGGUAUUUGUAUGCCACAAUGGAGCUGGUCACCAUUGCUUGGGGAAUAUGUAAUGCAGUGUUUCUCAACCUUGGCCGCUGGACGAUGUGUGGACUUCAACUCCCAGAAUUCCCCAGCCAGCAGAGGGGCCAAGGUUGAGAAACACUGUGUAAAAUCCUCACUUCGGGUGCGUAUGUGAUACAAGUCACAUUUGACAGAGGGACCACUUCUGUGAUUCUGUUGAAGUGUCAGCCUAAAGAAAUUCAAAAGCACUGUAAAUGCCAUUGUGUAGUUGCUCUGAAUGGAGAUAUUGAAUAGUUUAAAUAGGACUGCGUUCUGAAGGAAGCAUGGAGGGGUGAGGUGUUUCCGCAGCUGAGGUUUUUCUCGGAAAACUGGGCUUUAAUGGGUGGAAGGCAUCGCUGUCAAUCAAUGCUGGAAGGAAUUCUGAUAGAGAAAAGCCAUUGAUUAGAUUUCCCAGAACGGGGCAGAAGAUUUAAAAUAUGAUGUUGAAAUCAUGUUAAUUCAUAUACUUUCUUUGGUUUACAAGAAUAUUUUGCAACUUGACACAGCCUAAUAAACAAGUUUUAAUUUAAA